AUGUCUAAUGAUGAUGGAAUAAAAAAGAGUAGUGUAAAAGAAAAUAAUAAUUUUGGUAGACGAAAACGGAAGAUUAGUGAUCGAAUAACAGAUUCUUUUUUACAAUUGUCACAUUCAUUAUCAAACUUGUCUUUUGAUACUCUUCAGUCAAUUACUACCUCUAAUAAUGACUCAACUACAACAUCUUCAAGAUUGCAACGAUUAUUAAAAGUUGGUUUUAAAAAGAGAAAGAAAAUUGACAAAUCUAAUUAUUUUUCUAUCAAUAAUAAUAUUAUGAAAUCAGAAAAAGGUGAUCAAUGGCCUUUACCAAAAUCUAAAAGUUUAUUUUUACCUGAAUUUCCCAUAAAAUCAGAUAUUUUUGAAGGAAAUUUUGUUUUUCUCUCUUCUCUUGGGUCUGGUGCAUUUGGAGAGGUUAUGAAAGUGUACCAUAUAGAUGAUUGUCAACGUACAUUUGCUUUAAAAAUUCAAGAAAAAAGAAAGGUAUUGUCUUUAAAAAAUGAAAGACAAAUAAAGAAAGAAGUCCGAAUACAAUCAUCUUUAUCUUAUCAUCCAUUUAUUGCAAAUGUUUUUUAUACAUGGCAAUCAAAGAUGAGACUUUAUACUCUCAUGGAAUGUGUUGAGAGAGGAGAUUUAUUUACUGAGUGGGAUAAACAAAAUGGUUUUAGUGAGGAAUUAAUUAAAAUUUAUGCCAUUGAAAUUGGAUUGGCAUUAGAUUUUUUACAUCAAAAAAAAAUUAUUCAUAGAGAUAUAAAAUUGGAAAAUAUUGCAAUUGAUAAUGAUGGAAAUUUGAGAUUAGUUGAUUUUGGCAUGUGUAGGGUAUUAGAUAAAGAGGGAUAUGCUAAUACAAUUUGUGGUACCUUACAGUACAUGGCCCCAGAGAUUGCUUUUGGAAAAGAAUAUAAUGAGGCAGUUGACUGGUUUAGUUUAGGAAUAAUGUUGUCAAUAAUGUUUACAUCACAAUAUCCUUUUCCUGUUGCAAACAUAAAAAACCAUAAUGAUUUAACAUUUCAUGGAUAUUCUUCCCCCACAAAAUGUUCUAAAAGCUUUAAAUUACUUAUUGAUAAUUUAAUACAAUCAUUUUUUGAUGAUAUAGAUGUAAACAAAAUUUAUCAAGGAAGUGUGAAACCAAUUACAUUGUGGAAAAAAAAAGAUAACAAUUUAGAUAAUCAUUUAAAAAAAGUUAUUGAAAAAAAUGUAGGCAAUUACUUUGAGGAGUUUGAUUUAAUGUCAGAGGAACUUGAUAAUUAUGAUAAAAUGACAUCAGAUGACAAAUUGGAUUGUGAUGAUACUAUAACAAGUGAUUCUUAUGAUACAACAAAUUAUUUUUCAAGUAUUUAA